AUGCUUGUGCCACGCGCUUCCCUCGAUCUGGCGCUGCCACUUGUAAAGAAGCUGCCCGAAUGCGCUGACUUCAGCAAAACCGUGCAGCCGUACCUCCCGCAGCUCUACGACUUGCCGUACAGGAUCAUUGAGAGCAUCAACAGCCGUGAUGCUCUGCUCAAUGUCUACACCUCGACGAACCCCCUCAUGCUGGGUCUCGCCUUCGCGCUGUUUAUGACCGCUGUCGUCUUUGUCGUCGCCGAGAUCAACCGCAACUACUCGCAGGUCGACCGUCUGUGGAGCAUCCUCCCCGUCAUCUACAACGUCCACUACGAUGUUUGGGCGCACCUGAAUGGCCUGCCAGCCGCGAGGGUUGAUCACGUCAUGGCUCUGUCGGUCAUCUGGGGCGCGCGUUUGACGUUCAACUACUGGCGAAAGGGCGGUUAUGAGGUUGGAAGCGAGGAUUACAGAUGGAACAUAGUCAAGGACUACGUUGGCCCAGUCGCCAUGUUCAUCUUCAACAUCAUCUUCAUCUCGUUGGCGCAGAACAUCCUGUUGUGGAUCAUUACCUCGCCGACGUACGUCCUCCUCCUCACCUCGCGUAUCACCGGCAACGAACUCUCUGGCUACGACCAAGCCUUUAGCAAAGGCAUGUUCGUCAUUGUCAUCAUUGAGUUCUUUGCCGACCAGCAGCAGUGGAUCUUCCACAAGGCAAAGAGCGCUUACAAUAAGACCGCGAAGGUACCCGGCGACUACAAAUACACACGCGAGCAGCUGGACCGUGGCUUCAACACCAGCGGCCUGUGGGCAUGGUCGCGUCACCCCAACUUCGCUGCUGAGCAAACGUUCUGGGUGUUCCUGUACCAGUGGUGCUGCUUGGAAAGCUACACUUUUACAAACUGGACCUUCGCUGGCGCUUUCUCCUAUCUCAUACUGUUUCAGGCUAGCACUUGGUUGACAGAAAUGUUGAGCGCAGGCAAGUACCCGGAGUACAAGGUCUACCAGGAACGAGUGGGCAAGUUCCUUCCAAAGCUGCUCACACGCAGCAUGGAGGCGCCCAAAACGGAGAAGGAGGCCGCAAAGGUUAAGGAGGCGAAAGCGAAGGCGGCCAAGGGUAAGAAGCUAUGA